AUGGUGUCUCCUGAGGUUUACAUUGCUAAUGUUAUUCAAUGGUGGUUGGAGUUUACCAGAACCAUAAAUGCAGGACCGGAGCAGGAUAACAACUUACGAAGCACCUCUAGAUGGAUUGUCCCACCCCGAGGGCAGCUCAAGAGGAACAUAGAUGGGUUCGGGAAGGCAGAGAGCCUUGCUGCUGGGUUUAGUGCCAUUAUCAGGGAUGGUAACGGUCUCUUUAUAGCUGCUGGUAUUGGAAGUUUUGAAGAUAUAGCCUCCCCACUGAUCUCGAAAGCUAUGGCAAUGAGAGCAGGUUUGUUAUGGGCGAUUGACAGGGGUUAUCAAUCACUUAUUAUUGAAACCUACUCGCUUCAGAUUGUAGAGGCACUGAGGGAUCCUAUCCUCAAUUUGUCACCCAUCGAACAAGUUCUGAAGGAUUGCAAAGUUCUACUCAAUACAAUCACUGAAGCAAAUAUCACCCACAUUCGUCGAAACGCAAACGCUGCUGCUCACCACCUUGCAAAAGUCGGCCUAUCUUUGAUGCAAAGCUAUGAAUGGAUCGGUUCCCCUCCUAGUAUCAGAACUGAUAUACUUGUUGAGGACUGUAUGUAG